CUUCCUUCUGCUGCUGAAGCACUAUAAAUGAGAUAGCCAGGUGAAGGCUUCCUCAACCUUUCGUGUUCUACGAGCACUGAGCUCCUGAUAGGUCUUCUCCAGUAGAGCUCAGACCAGGUUCAUCGAUGGCGAGACUCGCACUCCUUCUCUCUGCGUUCCUGCUCGUUCAAGUCAGCAGUGCGGCUCUCAGCCCUUCUAGCUAUUGGAAGCAUGUGUUGCCUGAUACUCACAUGCCGGACGUCGUCCGUGCGUUCUUAUAUCCCGAUUUGGUGGAGAAGCAGGCAACCGAAGUGGGCGCAGAAGGAAAAGAAGUCGUAGUGAACGCCCCCGGCACUCACGUGAUCGUCGGUCGUCCCGGCGUCAGGGUUCACGCUCCCGGCACCUAUGUGAACGUCGGUCACGGCGUCGGAGUGUACUCCGGUCACGGCCGGAAGCCCGUCGUCGUGCGAGCCCCAUAUGGUCCCUUCUUGUAUAACUAUGCGGCGAGCGAGGACCAGCUCAAGUACGACCCGAACGUCGCUCUCUUCUUCCUCGAGAAGGACCUCCACCAGGGCAAAAAGAUGAACCUCCAGUUCGUCAGGACCGACGGCGCAGGUCCGGCCUUCGUGCCCCGGGCCGUCGCCGACGCCACGCCCUUCUCCACCGCCAAGUUCCCCGACAUCCUCCACCGGUUCUCUCUGUCCCCCAACUCCAAGGAGGCCUCCCUCAUGAAGCGCACGCUGCAGGAGUGCGAGGAGCCCGCCAACAAGGGGGAGACCAGGUACUGCGCCACCUCCCUGGAGUCCAUGGUCGACUUCUCCGUCUCGCAGCUCGGGACCCGCCACCUCCAGGUGCUGGCAACGGAGGUCGAGAAGGGGGACAACCCACAGGAGAGAAGGACUUACACCGUCCUCGGCGGGGUCGAGUUGGUGGCCACCCCGACCUCCGUCGUCUGCCACAACCAGCCCUACCCCUACGCCGUGUUCUACUGCCACAAGACCACGGCCAGCCGAGCCUACGUCGUGCCCUUGGGGGCCGACGACGGCAGCAAGGUGAACGCGGUGGCCGUGUGCCAUUUGGAUACCUCCACCUGGAAUCCCAAGCACUUGGCCUUCCGGGUUCUUGGUGUCAAGCCUGGGUCCGUCCCUGUCUGCCACUUCCUUCCACAGGAUCACCUCGUCUGGGCUCCGGUGAACUGAACACAGCAGCACCAUCGUUUAGUUUUAGUUCAGGUUUGCCGUGAGAUCCAUGUCGUCUGUGUUCAUGAGGGUCGUCGUCGUCGCCUGUAAAAUAAGAGUGCCAUUGUUACGCUUAGUGCAGUAGAACCCUAUGUAUGAUACCGCCACUGAUGAUGGCGAAGGCGAUGGUUUGUUCUCGUUUUUCCCAUAGUAUACGUUUCAUGUGUUACUGUUGAAUAUAAACUUUCUAUAAUCGUA